UGGGUGGUUUGGACACUUUGUUGUUAUCGUCUCAGUCCAGUGUAGUGACUCAUUUUCUCCAAAUUUUGUCUGAUCUGCUUCGAUUUUCAGUUUUUAUAUUUUAUGAAAUCUGUGUUUUUUCAUUUCUUACGGUUGUCUCUACGUUCUGUGUAGCAUUCAUUUUGGAACCAUGAGAAAAUCGACAUAUUCACGUUUUGAACGUUUUGAAGCAGACAACUGAUCAGAUGGCCAACGUGCCCAAUAUUUAUUUGGGAGAGUCAACUAUUUUGCUAACUCCAUAUGCUAUUCUAAUUAUAUCAUCUCUUUUUAAAUUCUAAAUAUAUGCCCCGUGAUGGCUCAUUUAUGUGACGAUUCUCCUGACUCACUAGACGUUAGGUUAAGCAAUCGCUCAAGUGAUGACAGUUUGAUUCUUGACGACAAUAAUACUGGUGGCUUAUGGGCUGACAGUGAAAAUGAACCAGCCACCUUCCAAGUCCACCUCAAGCAGCACUCUUCAAGCUUCUCUGAGCACCCAAACAAUGCUGCGGAUAUUCAAGAUGGAUGGUUUCGGAUUAAGCCCUGGAAUGAACAUGCUCCUAAGACAGCAGCGAUGUCAGGGUCUACUCAGAAUGUUUACAGCAUGUUAAUGCAGGACAGAUCGUCUUUGUCUGGUGAAGAGUCUGAGGCACCACUGCUUUCAAGUGAAAGCUGGGUUCCUGGAGGUUUUUCAGAGGAUACCAGGCACUGCCAUGCCUCAUCUGACAUGUCCCACAACAACUCAGCAUGGAGGCGGUUGAUGUCAGCCACAGUUUUGUGCCUUUUCUUCAUGAUAGCCGAAUUUUUUGGUGGUCUCUUUGCUGGAAGUGGGGCCAUCAUGUCUGAUGCUGCUCAUCUUCUAUCCGACCUUGUUGGACUUCUUGUAAGCUUGUCAGCUGUAUGGCUGCGCCAAAGGCCUCCAACCAAAACUCUCUCGUUUGGAUUUUACCGUGCAGAAGUUCUUGGAGCUCUCUUCAGUGUAUUUAUAAUCUGGGUUCUGACUGGCAUUUUUGUUUACAUUGCCAUUCUCAGAGUCAUUCAUGGAGACUUUGACAUAAGACCAGACAGAAUGAUGGCUGUGGCUGCUGGUGGUAUUGUUAUAAAUGUCAUAAUGGGACUUGUUCUACAUGGUGGUUGUCAGUUAGUACCCCAUUCUCAUGGGUUUGGACACCAUGGACAUAGUCAUGGAAUCGCUGUAAGCCAUGGUGACAACAAUCAUCAGACACCAUCUUGCCAGCAUCGCACAAAUAACCGCAUCCAAGAAAAUUCUUCAGCCGCACUUGAAACAGAUGUUUUGAGCAAACAUUCAAAUAUAAAUGUUCGAGCAGCUGUAAUUCACGUACUUGGAGAUCUUAUUCAAAGUAUUGGUGUGUUCAUUGCUGCAAUUGUUAUCAAAUUUAAUCCUGAUGCUAAAAUUGCAGAUCCUAUCUGUACUUUCUUGUUUGCAAUUGUGGUCCUUGCUACAACUAUACCACUUGUAAGAGACACUGGCUUAAUCCUUUUAGAGGGUUUCCCUCGAACGAUUGGUUACAGUCAUGUGUUUUCCACCUUAAGUGACAUUCCUGGUGUCCAACAUGUGCAUUCUUUACAUGUGUGGUCAUUAACUGCAGGAAAACACGCUUUGGCGGUACAUUUAGCUCUAGAUUCAGCCGCGAACCGUGACCUUAUCACCGCCAGAGCUCAAUAUUUACUUCAAACCAAGUUUGGCAUUGACUUUUGCACCAUUCAAACCGAGAGCUUUGACCGCACCACCAUGAACUCAUGUUUUCAGUGCAAACCUCCUGUCAAUUAAAUUUCAACUUGUGAUAUAACCAGAAUUUUUUAUAUUCUGAAAGUCUGUUUGUGUUGGGUGAACCAGUUCAUGGUUUUGCACAAGUUUCGAUACACUGGCAUGCUAAUCUAUGCUGUGAAAAAUUGUGUAAAAUACUGUGUGAUAUAUACUAAUUAAGUCAUGUUUUCAGCUAGCCCCUGAAAGAUUGAUGGAAAAUUAUUUUAUUUAAUGGGCUUGAUGUGUUUUGAAAGUACUAGACAAUCAGAGUUCUUGUGAUGAUUUAGCUUUAACAUUUGAACUUUUUAUUUUUUGGGGGGAGGGGGGUUUGUAAAAUGUGUUUCUUGAUUGUUCAUUUUUUGGGGGUUAUUGAUUGAAAAACGGAACUACCGGGUAUAUUUCUUCCUUGAUUUUCUUGAGCUUUCACCUGUCCGAAUGAUUUGAGACUCCAGUCAUAAGAAGAUUUGUGUUCUGCUUUAAUCCUAGAAUAUUUAGAUAAGGUGAAGAAAAAUUGUCUUGUUAAAGUAGAUGACACCUAAAUUCCACUAAUCUGUAAGACCAAAAUACCCACUAAAGUUAACACGUUUUUUUUUUAAUUUUUUCUUUUGAGUUUACUUUUGUGUUAGGGCUAAGCUUUUCAACUGAAAGCAGUGAUCUAAUUCUCAGUACCUCAUUUUCUUUUUAUCUUAGUUUUUCCACGUGUGUCUCAGUUUGUCACAACAGUUCUCGGCAGGUUCUUUCCUGCUUUCUUCCACUUUUGAAAGAGACAAAUGAGUGUAUACCAUGUACCAAAAAGGCUGUGCACAUCUUAGUAUAAUACGAUUUUACUAUUUUUAAAAGCAUAUUUUUCUAUUCACGGAUUGAUCUCCAGUGAUUGCUUCUUUUGCUAUAGUGAUGUGAAACUGCAGGUAAUAAAGACAUUAUAAGUUUUGUUUGUU